CAUCAUUCGGUACGGGAGUGUCCGGCGAUGUAGCGUCGCGUUUGUAACGUAACGCUUGUGCUUUUAUUUCGCAUUUUUUAUUUCUACCUGUUUCAAGAGCUCAAUUCGCCAAUUUCAUCAUAUGAGUUAUAUAUUCUAAAGUAAGCUGGGGGCACAUGUCAACAAAAUGGCUACUAGAGGAGUGUCUCUUGAGAGCUGAAUUUAAAUAGAACUGCAAUAAUUUAAUCGUUGAAUAACUAGUAUCGAAGAGGAAAACGAUUUGUUGAGAUAUCUUUAUGAUGUCUUAUCUAUUAUGUGUUGUGGUAUUUUCCCUAGUCUUAUCACUGCCUGUAUAUGCACAAAGUACUUUUUAUGAAGAAUCAACUUACCAGUGCCCCCUGCACUGGAUAAAAUUCCAACAAUCAUGUUAUCGGUUUAUCAACAGUCCAUUGAGAUCACGAGAAAAUGCACGCAAAAAUUGUCAAGCAUUUCAGAGUGAUUUGCUGACUAUUAAUUCAGUGGAUGAGCAUGGAUUUGUAAUCCAACAUUUUCGGGACAACGAUCAAUAUCAUCAUCACAGAUGGUAUAUUGGUGUAAAGCAACAAAAUGGUAUAUGGAUAAAUGAGGCUGACAGUACAAACUUGAUAAAUUUGGAUAGUAUCUUUUUGCCUGAACCUAAUGACAAUAUAAUAAGAGACUACUUAGCAUAUUCCUUUAGCAUUAGUCUCAAUCGUUGGGGAUUGGAAAGGGUUACAGGCUUGGAUGAGCUCUUGUACAUUUGUGAAGCAUCUAUUGCUGCUCUUCGCAAUUUAGUGGAGGAUGACCGUACUUACCAGUAUGGUAUUGAGAUUUAUAAUCCUCUUGAGAUACCCAGAGGGCCAUAUUUUAUUAAACAACCUAAAAGCAAAGUGUUUGAUGUAUCAAAAAAAAGAAUUAGUAAUGAUGUCUACUUGAGUUGUCUCGCAGGAGGUUAUCCUACACCAACCUAUGAAUGGUUCAAGGAAAAUUAUGAAAAUGAUAGACUUAUUGCAAUAAAAAUUGAUCCUAUUUCAAAUAACAGAUAUACCGUGAGUGGUGGAACAUUGAUCAUCUAUGAGCCAGAACAGAAAAUAGAUCGUGGCACAUAUCAUUGCAAGGCAUCUAACAAAUUUGGUAUAAUUAUAUCCGAGAGCGUUGAGCUCUCAUUUGGAUAUAUUCUAGAGUUUAAUUUGAAACGUUCCGAAGAACGGGGAGAUAAUCAUUGGGGUAAAGCAGUAUAUUGCGAUCCACCACAACAUUUCCCUGGAGUGAAAUAUUAUUGGGCACGCGAUUAUUUUCCUAAUUUUGUUGAAGAGGACAAACGUGUGUUUGUUUCACAUGAUGGUGCUCUUUACUUCUCCGCGUUGGAAACGAUUGACCGAGGGAACUAUUCAUGCAAUGUUCAAAGCGUUGCAUCCGAUACUGGACGUAAUGGACCGUUUUUCCCCUUAAGAGUGGACAUGCACUCUUCAUUUCAACAGUUGAAGUUUCCCAACAACUUUCCAAAAGCAUUCCCGGAAGCUCCGAUAGCCGGAGAAGAAGUUAGACUGGAAUGCAUCGCGUUUGGAUAUCCUGUUCCAUCGUUCAAUUGGACGAGAAAAGACUCUAAUUUAAAAGACCUUACUUUACCGCGUGAAGCGUACACAACGAGUUACGAUCGGGUGUUAAUAAUACCACGAGUACGCGUGGAGGAUCAAGGCGAAUAUGUUUGUCGAGCGUACAACGAUAAAUUAUCGAUUGAGAAUUCCGUGCAAUUAACCAUACAAGCGGAGCCUACCUUCACCAUCCCGUUGGUAGACAAACACAUGGAUAACAAGGGAGAUCUAACUUGGACCUGCGAGGCCUUCGGCUUACCAGACGUCACCUAUACUUGGUUUAGAAACGGAGAAAUUUUUGACAUGUUUACUUUACCGCCUGAAGACAGAGACCGCUACAUUAUACAGGAUAAUGUAUUAACUAUAAAGGGUCUUAAUCCUGAGAGGGAUGAAGCUAUGUAUCAAUGUUGCGCGAAAAAUCAGCUGAAGACAACGUACUCUUCGGCUCAGUUGAGAGUAUUAUCAUUGAAACCGUCUUUCAAAAAACGGCCCAUGGAAUCUGAGACAUAUGCGGCAGAAGGAGGUAAUGUUACACUUAUGUGCAAACCCGAAGCCGCGCCCAAACCGGAUUUCAAAUGGAGGAAAGAUAAGACUACUCUCGGAGCGGGCGGUAGACGAAGAAUUGUGAACGGGAACCUUAUCAUUAGUCCAGUGUCAAGAGAUGAUGAAGGAACUUAUGUAUGUGUUGCAACGAACGAGUACGGUCAAGACGAAACUCGUGGACGGCUAAUUGUAUUACGCGCACCGUAUUUUAUCGAAAGGUUGCCGACCCGAAUAAUCAUGUCGUACAAUCAGAAUCAGACCUUGCGCUGUUUGGGCUACGCAGACGAGAUGUUAGACAUGGCAUAUAUUUGGAAGCAUAAUGGCAUGCGUAUCCGUAAUAAGGACUUAAUGAACAACCCGCGAAUACGCGUUGAUGGCGAAUAUCUGGACAUUAUAAACGCAACGUUCGUCGAGACAGGCGAUUACGAAUGCGUGUUGAAGAGCGCCGUUGGCGAAAUAUCGAGUAAGACUAUACUGAUCGUGGAGGGCCCACCAGGACCACCUGGUGGAAUACUGGUCAUGAACGUUGCGAAAACUUCUGCUACGAUACGGUGGACUGAUGGCGCGCUAAACGGUAGACUGAUAACGAUGUAUAGAGUCGAGGCGCGGACAAAAUGGAACAACACGUGGUUUCCUGUUGUAGAAAAUAUUACGGCUAUUGAAAUGGACAGAUACAUCGGCCGAAAAGAAGCACACUUGGAAAAUGUCUUGAAUCCUUAUUCUUCGUACGAGUUCCGCGUAUCGGCUUUCAAUGAGUUCGGUUACGGGCCACCGUCGUCUCCUUCACCUCGACACAGCACUCUGGCCGACAAACCCACUAAAGCACCGUCGAACAUCAGCGGUGGUGGUGGAAAGAUUGGUGACCUCACGAUUACGUGGGAUCCUCUCAGUCCGUCUGAUCAGAACGGUCCUCGAAUUUAUUACAAGAUAUUCUGGCGUCGCAAGGGACACGAGACGCAGUUCCAGUCGUUGUCGCUCAAGGAGUUCGGCAAUAUUGGCAUGAGCGUCGUGUCGGUCCAGUCAAAGUAUUAUUACACGGAAUACGAAGUGAAGGUACAGGCAAUCAAUGAUCUAGGUGCGGGUCCUAUCUCGGAUAUAUACACGGUCUACAGCGCGGAGGACAUGCCACAAGUCGCACCGCAAUUAGUAGUCGCCAUGAGUUAUAACAGCACUAGCUUGAAUGUCAGCUGGUCGCCGAUCGAGCAGACUCGCGAGCGAGUACGAGGCAAGCUGAUUGGUCAUAGGAUCAAGUACUGGAAGAACAACUUUCCCGAGGAGGGUGCCGUUUACUACUUGUCGCGUACUACGCGACCUUGGUCUCUGGUUGUCGGUUUGCAGCCAGAUACUUAUUAUUUUGUCAAGGUAAUGGCCUACAAUUCCGCUGGAGAAGGUCCGGAGAGCGAGCGGUUCCUGGAGAGAACUUAUCGCAAGGCGCCUCAGAAACCACCGUCCUCGGUAAACGUGUACGGUGUGAACCCGUCGACGGUGAGAGUAGUCUGGCGUUAUGUGCAGCCCAGUUUGGAGGAAGAACCAUUGAUAGGAUACAAGAUUCGGGUGUGGGACAGAGAUCGCGAUAUGAGUACUGCCAACGAUACUAUUAUACCCGGUGGUUCGAAGCUGGAAGCCGAUAUCAAGAACCUGAGUCCGGGCAAAGGUUACAACCUGCGAGUUCUCGCAUUCAGCAAUGGUGGCGACGGCCGAAUGUCCAGUCCGACGCACACUUUCCAAAUGGGCGACCCGGAAGCCUUCAGAAGCGGCGCUGGAACUACAUUUCUCAAUACUGGUCUGGGGAUUUCUUUAUUGUUGCUCUUACGGAUUUACGACUAUAUAUAGUAUAGUAUGUAUGUACAGUCGUAACACAUUUACUAAGUAGCUGUACAAUAAUUUCUAUGAGUUAUAAAAAUUAUACAUAUAUAUAUGUAUACAUAUAUAUAUAUAUAUAUAUAUAAUAACAGUUAAUGGCCGUAAAACUGUACAGUGUUCUAAAAACAGAAAGGCUAAAACAGGAAUAGUACCAUAGUCCUUAUUAAAAAAAAAAAAGUGUAAGUAUUUUAUUCAUUCUUUUAUUCAUUCAAAUCUAAUUGUAUUUAUUGCUACGUGUAUUUCCUCGAAGGUGAAUUUUAGUGCUGUUAUAAAUUUAUUACAUUAGUAUUACUUUUUAAUAUUACAUGUGUCUGAAAUACAAGUCACGAAAUUGCUCCAGCCGCUGGCUAGAUAUCUUAUCAUAAGAAGCUCGAUAACUUCGAAACGGCUUAUUCAAAAUGGAAAAAAUUAUAGUGCUUUGAAAAGAUCUGAAGAAAGGCUAUAAGAAUAUACAAUAAAAAAUAGGGGGUUCCAUUUAAAAAAUUUGAAGUAACCUUGUUCUAACCUUGACGAUGCCACCCAAGAUUAAACUCAUAAUGUCAGUAAAUCGUUUAAAACCCUACAAUUUUUAUUUGAAACAUUUUUUUCUAAAAUGUUUAAUUUUUGUGAUAUUUCAUCGUCCCGGUACUUUUUAUACAUCCUGUAUAGUGAAAUUUAUCUCACAAUUCUUUAGCUGCAAACUUUGACAAUUUUUUUAAUAAGAAGAACCAUGGUACUAUACGAGUCUAAGAAGAGACUGAAAUUGAUUUGUUUCGUGUAUGACACGAAGUAUAACACUAAAUAUAACACAGUCUUCGUAGUAACUUCGUGGAGAGCAAUCUUUAUUUUAUGUACGAUAGAAAAAAUACUCGUUAUAAUUUUUUAGCAUAUAUACAAAUGGUAACUUAAGUAUGCGAACAAUGUAUCGUAUCUUUUUAUCCAACUAAUCAUUGUGUACAUAAAGUAAUAGGAUGCGACAGUAUAUUUCUUUGUACUGUUGUAUUUUAUUACUUUCAUAGAAUCUCAUAAGCGCAAUUAAGUAUUAUAGAAUAGCAUAUUUUAGCACAUAACACGAACGCAUUCCAGGCAUUUUCAAACGUAUUAGGAGGUUGAAUUAAUUCUGGUCUUAUCUUAUCAAUAUUUUAUUUUUAUUUUAAAGAAAUGGUUAAAUUUACAUCAAUUAAAAUAUUUUCCGUCGUUAGCUGUGACUUUUUCCCAUCUUUCUGACAACAAAGCGAUUCCGCGACGAUAGAACGAUAGAACUGUCUUUCAAAUGGUGUGUAAACGUUUAGAAAUUGUUGAUUUAUCAACGUUGGGUUGUUCAGCCAAUUGUCUUUCCGUUUGAGCGGUGUUUUCAUUCAAUAAUGCUUGCAAUUCAAAAUCUUCGGAUUUUUUUUGGUUGACUAGUAUGUUCUUUGUCACUCAAAUCGAAAUUAUCACUUUUGAAUCGUUGAAACUAAAAUUUAUAGUUGGAAUACGAUGGCAGCCAUAGGCGGCGCCAGAA